AUGUUGAGUUGCAGUAGAAUUGUUGGACAAUUGCUACGCACUACAAGAAAUAGUCAUUUAAGCCGUAUUCAGAGCAGUAACCCUAUUAUCGCUAUUCAUCAUGUCCGCUGCUACAUAAAAAAGACCCCAAAAUCGACCGUAGAAGAUCUUCCGGAAGAACCUCCAAAAUGUCCAACAAAAUCCAACAAAAAGCUCCCUCCAGAAUGCGAGGAAAUCUGCGGGCCCACUGCCGGCGCUCCGAUAAACUACGACAGCUUCAUGUCGAAGUGGUGGCGCCAAGUACUAGCAGCUUUACUGUUCACCAGCAUGGGGAUCAGUAUUUACUCAAAGCUCCGCCAAGAGGAGGCGGCUUCUGCCAGCCCGGAAGGAACAACUAAGCCUGCCGGUUCCAAAAGUUCCAAGUCGCCAGAUGUCAGCACCAAAAUACCGACAGAAGUUCCGUACCUGCUGAUAGGUGGCGGCACUGCCGCGUUCUCCGCGUUCAGGUCGAUUAAGUCCAAGGACCCGACCGCGAAGGUCCUGAUUAUUAGUGAAGAGUCGGACUUUCCUUACAUGCGGCCGCCUUUGUCCAAGGAACUCUGGUAUGAUAAGAACCAGGUUCCUAAUGACUUGAGCUUCAGGCAGUGGAACGGAACCGAACGCAGUCUGUUCUACGAACCGACGGAGUUCUUCAAAUCGGUUGAGGACUUGAUGGCUUCUGAUAAGGGAGGCAUUGCUGUUGCUAGUGGGUGGAAGGUCAUCGCCGUAGACGUAUACCACAAGGUCGCCAUUUUGGAAGACGAAACCGAGAUCAAGUUCGACAAGUGUCUCUUAGCAACCGGCUCGACCCCCAAGAUGCUAGAUGUCUUCAAAAACCUCCCCAAAGAAGUCCAAGACAACGUCCUGACCUUCAGAACCAAGGACGACUUCAUGAAGCUGGCAGAAAAAGUGAAGAGUCCAUCAGUAAAAGACAUCGUCAUUCUCGGUGGCGGAUUCCUGGGCUCGGAACUAGCUUGUAGUUUGGCCCGACAUCUGUCGGAGGUCAAGAAGAACGUCUACCAGAUCUACAAGGAGAACUUCAUCAUGCAAGCCGUACUCCCGGAGUAUCUGUGUCAGUGGACCACCGAGAAGUCCAAGAAAGAGGGAGUCAUCUCAGUAGCCAGGGAGGAGGUCAAGAACUACCAGGUCCAGAAUGGAAAGCUGAAGCUGUUCCUGACCAGCGGACAGGCUGUCAAUGCUGAUGCAGUGGUGAUAGCAGUUGGCUCUGAAGCUAACACAGAGUUGGCUGAAGCCAGUGGCCUGGAAGUCGAUAAUAAUUUCGGAGGGUUCCUGGUGAAUUCCGAGCUCCAGGCCAGGAAGGACAUCUGGGUAGCUGGAGAUGCUGCUUGCUUUCAUGACAUCAGGCUUGGAAGAAGGCGGGUCGAGCAUCAUGACCAUGCUGUUGUCUCUGGGAGACUGGCUGGGGAUAACAUGACCGGAGCUGGUAAGCCGUAUUUGCAUCAAUCUAUGUUCUGGAGUGAUCUGGGACCUGAAGUUGGCUACGAAGCUGUUGGUAUAAUAGACUCUUCGCUACCGACAGUGGGGAUUUUCGCCAAAGACUACCAACCGGAGGCAACUAAUGCCCUCAAUCCGCAAUUAGUAUCUCAGAGUCAUGAAGAGAAGGAAGAUAAGAAUGAUGAUUAUGGAAGAGGGGUUGUUUUUUAUCUUAAAGACGAUACUAUCGUUGGUAUCGUUCUCUGGAAUAUUUUUAAUCGCAUGUCCAUUGCGAGACAGGUAUUAACAAGAGGAAGUAAAUUAGAAGAAAUAAAUGAACUAGCAAAACUGUUCACAAUCCACGAGGACUAA